AUGGACUUCUUCAGCAAGUUGUUGAGUAAAGCACGCCGUUCUUCAACUGGCUCAAGCACAUCUUCAUCAUCAACAUCUAAUAACAACGAUAACAACAAUGACAAUGGCAUACUUAACUUGUCAAAGGCAGCAGCUGCAGUGGCUGCAGCAGAAUCUAAUCUAACAUCAAUAUUGUCAUCAACUACAUCAACUACAUCAACUACGUCAACUACAUCUACGGCAUCAACAACAACAACACCAACAUCAAAGGCACCAAAACCAACUGCUAAGAAACCAAGUGCAAAGAAGAUAACAGCAUCAAAGAAACAACAACAGAAGGAGGAGGGCAACGAGAAUGGAUUGAUCAGUAACUACUUUGAGAAGAAGGUUGUAUCACAACAGCAACAGUCAACAGGCACUGCAGCAUCAGCAGCAAACAAGCUCAACAGAUUAAAGAGGGCUAGAGACUCGGACGUCGAUGUCCCAGCCAGUAAUGAUGUCGAUAUGUUUGAGGACAUUGAGGUGAUCACCGAUGAGCCAUCACAGACUUCAAGGAAACAAACGACACCAAAGAAGAAAUCAAUGCCAACAAAAUCAACAUCUGAUCCAUCCACAACACAGACAACACCAACAACUCCAAUGACACGAAUCAGAAGAGCGACUGCAAUCAGACAACAAGAACUACUACAACAACAGAAAGAGAAGAAGAAUAAGAAGACACAGGACAGUGAGGACGACACAGACUUGUCAAGUGAUGAGGAGUAUGUUGAGUCGGACCAUCAGUCAUCAUCAGAGGAAGAGGAAGUACAAGAUCAUAUCAUUAGUGUUAGGCCUUUUCGAGGGUCAAGCAGUAGAGGUGGACGUGGGUCCAGAGGCGGAGGAGGACCAGGCAGAGGUGGACGUGGUGCCCGAGGAGGUGGAGGACCAGGCAGUCGAGGAGGACGAGGUGGCAAAGGGGGCGGGAAGGCUGCUCGUGGUUCAGACUCGAGCGGAGAGGACAACAGCGACACAGAAACACAGAAUUCAUCCACUGGCGACACGAGACCACUCAAGAGGAGAAAGGGCAACACGCCAAUCUCUUUCAAAUCACGAGUGGACAAGCUUGACAUCACAGAACAAGUUGCUCAACCAUUCUACGCUGAUGACAACAUAGAGCUACUAUCACAACAUGAUCCAAUCAAUACAAAGUGCUUCAAUCUGAUACAGCCUGUGGAGCAAAAGGAAUACUAUCCUAAUCAUACUCUAUCGUCACAGUUCUUGCUGCGGGACGGGUUCGAGAAGGUCACUCUUCACCGAUUCGGUGCACAUGUGUUUGAUGACAAACUGAAGAAGAACGAGAUGGUGAUGUUCACAGGAGGCGCGAUAAGGGUGCUCAAAUGGUGUCCUCUGCCUCGGUCCUACGAGAAGCAAUACUUGGCAGUUGGUUGCAACAGAGAUACAGAGUCACUACACUUUGUCGAUGGUAUAUACACAGCCAAGAAUAUGAUUCAAAUUUGGGAGUUUGGAGCAAUGUCCAGCGAUGCCAGCAUGCCACGACUGGUCAUGGGCAUCGCACACUCUGGCGACUUUGUCGUCGACAUGAACUGGAUGAACAAUGGCACACUGAAGAAUGGCUCACGGCUAGGAGUACUUGCUGCAGUGCUUGGCGAUGGCAGCGUCAAGGCGUGGAGUGUGCCGCAUCCCGACAAGCUGCCCCUGCUCGCCAGCUAUGGUCCAUACAAAGACAACUUUCACAUCGUGGACAUCAAGCCAUUCUUUGAGUGCACAGGACUGGGCACUUCGAAUGCAUUGAUCCCCAUUAAUCAGGACGGCAAUGCCAAUGACAAUCAUGACACUGUGCCACGAGGCAACAGGGCUAUGACCAUCGAUUGGUCAGUUAACGACGAUCAGGUGCUGUUGGCAAUUGGAUACUACAAUGGCAACAUACUGAUAUACGACAUCAAACGCAACAAGACACUGCCGAUAUUCGUCAAGAAGGACAAGGAGCAGGUGCGAAAGAUUGAGUUCUGUCCCUACGACUCGAACAUCUUUCUCACGAUGCACGUCACACGUGCCUGUCUAUGGGAUCGUCGAGACUCGUUCCAGGCCGCCCACGUCAUCCCCAUACUGUUCAAUUGGACCUCAACAAUCAUGUGGACAAGAACUCUAUUUCCACUCUAUGUCAUUGCCUUGGACUCUUGCCUCAAGAUAUAUGACCCAGUCACUCAUAUUGGUUCCGAGCACAGACUGUUCCAGGAUGGACAUCAGAUCCAGAGCAUCGAUCAAUCACAGAACAUGACAUUCGUGUCGAGCAGUGCUGGUGGUGAGGUGUGUCUGUUUCACAUCUACGGCGAGGCCAAGAGGAAACAGUGCAUGACAGUGAGUGACAAGGAUGAGAAUGGCAAGGAGGUGGUCGAGUUUGCCAAAGAGGAUCGCAUAGUGGAUAUGUUGUUGGAGCCAAAGAUGCCGGCAAACAAGACAUCGAUUGGAAUGGCACAGAUUCCCUCACUUGCCUCCAAUCAGUUUCCAACAAUCCAACAUUCAAUCAACAGUGUCGCAUGGAACAAGAACAAAGACCACUCCAAAUUGUUGGCCUAUGGAGGCACGCUAGGCCUGCUUCGAGUCAGGAUGGCACAUCAUCACGAGCGUGGCCACAAACGAUCAGUUGCGGUCACAUCCGAGGAUGUGGAAAUGAACGAGGACUAG